UAAAUAAAGAAGGCCUGGCCCAAUUUCAAAGAGAGAGCAAGAGAAGCCCUAGACAAGGACUAGCUAAGCACUAUAAAAUCUUACAUUUGACGUUCAAAACGCCUCCUUCCUUCAAGUUGCAGCACUCUAGGGUUUAUCAAGUUCAGCACAAAUGGUGAAUGUUCCAAAGACAAAGAAGACAUACUGCAAGAGCAAGGAGUGCAGGAAGCACACCUUGCAUAAGGUUACCCAGUACAAGAAAGGAAAGGAUAGUCUUGCUGCACAAGGGAAAAGGCGCUAUGAUCGCAAACAGUCUGGGUAUGGAGGCCAGACUAAGCCUGUUUUCCACAAGAAGGCCAAAACUACCAAGAAAAUUGUUUUGAGGUUGCAAUGUCAAGGUUGCAAGCACGUGUCUCAGCAUCCAAUUAAGAGGUGCAAACAUUUUGAGAUUGGUGGAGACAAGAAGGGGAAGGGAACUUCACUUUUCUAAAUUCUAUUUUUAUGUAUGUGUUUUGGAUGUACUUAGUGUUGAAGCAAAUCUAGAAGUUUUGUUCACUUCAUUGUUGAUUUCUUUUCUGUCAUUUCCAGACAUCUACUACUUAUUUUUUAUGGUUUUUGACAAUUAAUAGUAAUUGGGUUUUAGUUAGAAUUGGCAAA